AUGAAGAACAAGAAUAAUGGGAAGGUCUCUGUCACUUGGAUUCCUAUUUUCUCCCUUUGUUUCUUCUUCAUCGGCAUGAUUUUCACCAACAAAUUCUGGGGUCCUUUAGAAUCCAACAAUCUCCUCAUAACACAGCAAAGAAGGGACCAAGAGCUUCAGAUCGUGUCCGAAGACUGCGAUACUAAGAAAAAGAAAGCGGCAGAUCAAGACAAGGAUGUAAUGAAAGAGGUGUACAAAACCCACGAUGCAAUCCAGUCGUUGGACAAGUCGAUUUCGAUGCUUCAGAUGGAAUUAUCUGCUUCUAGAAGUGCUCAGGCCAAGGGAAAAGAUGAUGGUUCAACACCGGUUUCUAGUGAGGGUCCUCCAAGGAAGAAGGCAUUUAUGGUGAUUGGUAUAAAUACUGCUUUUAGCAGUCGAAAGAGGCGCGAUUCGGUCCGAGAGACAUGGAUGCCUCAAGGCGAGCAGCUUAAAAAACUGGAGCAAGAGAAGGGGAUUGUUGUGAGAUUUAUGAUUGGACAUAGUGCAACAUCUAAUAGCAUAUUGGAUAGAGCUAUCGAUUCUGAAGAAGCUCAGCAUCAGGACUUUCUCCGACUGGAUCAUAUCGAAGGAUAUCAUGAACUAUCUGCGAAAACAAAGACUUUCUUUGCCACUGCUGUUGCAAGGUGGGAUGCGGAUUUUUAUGUCAAAGUUGAUGAUGAUGUUCAUGUUAAUCUGGGUACAUUUGCUGCAACUCUUGCUCGUCACCGUUCGAAACCCAGAGUUUACAUCGGUUGUAUGAAAUCUGGACCAGUUUUAGCUCAAAAGAAUGUUAAGUAUCACGAACCAGAAUACUGGAAAUUCGGAGAAGAAGGAAAUAAGUAUUUCCGGCAUGCAACUGGGCAGAUUUAUGCUAUUUCCAAGGAUUUGGCCACCUACAUCUCGAUUAAUCAGCCCAUUCUGCACAAGUAUGCUAAUGAAGAUGUGUCACUUGGUGCUUGGUUUAUUGGUCUUGAAGUCGAGCACAUUGACGAGCGCAAUAUGUGCUGCAGUACUCCACCAGAUUGCGAGUGGAAAGCACAAGCGGGAAAUUUAUGCAUUGCUUCUUUCGACUGGAGCUGCAGUGGAAUCUGCAAGUCUGUGGAGAGGAUGAAAUUCGUACACGAACACUGUGGGGAAGGAGAAGAGGCUCUCUGGAAUGCUUUACUAUGA